UGAGGGCGUAAACACGGAUCAGCUGGGUGUUGUCUGGUCAGUGAAAUACCUUGACUCUGCUAUCUAGAGGCCCCUGGGCUGUGACGUCUACCCCCCCCACACCACUAAAGACUCGUCGGUGCAUUCAGCUCAGUGGCAAACACGUUCUUCAGACGGGCGUGCAAGUCUCAACAGACACCAAUCAUUUUUAUAUAGUGGAAGUACACCGGCAUACCUGAUUCAAGAUGAUAGCCUUCCAAUCACGUGCGUGGAAAGUUGUGAAGCCUCUGAUGGGCAGACUAUUUUCACAGACACCUGGUAGAAAUUCUCUCAUUGAAGUGUUUCAAGAGAAUGGUGUCCGCAGUGUUACUCUCGCUGACACAAGGACAAGAAAUUCCCUGUCUCUGCAAAUGCUAAGAGAGCUCCAGGAGGCUGUGAGUGUGGAGGAUCCAUCACUGCGCUGCAUCAUAUUACAAGCUCAGGGGAAAGUCUUUUCUGGUGGACACAAUCUUAAGGAACUUACUGGUAGAGAAGGAAGGUCACACCAUCAGACUGUGUUUAAUGAAUGCACGCACCUGAUGCUGACCCUGCAGCGCCUGCCAGUGCCAGUGGUGGCUAAGGUUAAUGGUGUGGCAGCAGCAGCUGGCUGUCAACUGGUUGCUUCUUGUGAUAUUGCCAUUGCAUCUCAAGGUUCUUCCUUCUCAACCCCUGGUGCAAAUGUUGGAAUAUUUUGCUCCACUCCUGGCAUUCCUCUAGUACGAUGUGUUCCUAGGAAAGUUUCUGCUCACAUGCUGCUCACAGGACUCUCCAUCACAGCUGAGGAAGCCUUACGAGCUGGCUUGGUUUCAAAGGUUGUCCCAGAGGAGGAACUAGACAGUGAAGUACAGAAAGCUGUUGAUGCCAUUCUGCACAAGAGUAGAUCUGUCAUUGCUCUGGGGAAGAAAUUCAUGUAUAAGCAGAUGGAGAUGGGAAUAGAAGAUGCCUACAGGGAAGGAGGAAACCUGAUGGUGCACAACAUCAACAUGAUGGAUGGACAGGAGGGAAUCAACAGCUUUAUAAAGAAAUGUAGCCCUAGCUGGACUCAUUCGGAUAACUAACAUCAUCAGAACCGUAUUGUACACAUCCAAAUGUAAUGGAAGUCUAGACAUGAAUAAUUAUUUUCAUAUACAAUUACCAUAUAGGUAUAGGUAAGUAUUCUUGUGGUUGUAUUACUGUUCUUACCACAGAUGUAUUUAUAUUUUUUAAGCUGUUAAUUAUAGAAUAAAACUUAAUUAAUUUAAUGUGGGAAUGUGCAUGGAUGUAACCAGUGAGUUCUAUUUCCACUGAACUGAAUUAUUGUAUUCUCUACUUUUCACAUGUCAUCCCAUGCACAGUCAAUAGUAAAAUUAUUUUAGACCCAAAAUGCAGCUCACACCUGAAACCUUGAAACAUGCAGCUUGGAAGAGGAUUGUUAUUUACUGUGAAAGGCACCAAAGAAAAGAAAAUAUUCUUAUAUUACUUUAACUCCAGAGUUAUUGGUACAUACACUGUCAUUCAUCAUAAAUAUCUACAGCUUCUGAACACUGCCAGAAGAUUAUAUACACAAAACCGUUUUCUAACGAGGAGGAUGUCACAUGUACAUUUUAUACUCAUUAAUUUUUAGGUAUAACCUGAACUUAAUAUGAUGCUUAAUUUCCAGUGAAUUAAAACAUCAAAUGAAGGUAACAUGUGUACAUAUUUUCAAAAAUUUCAAAUUUCUUUAGAAGAUUCCAUAUACCAAAACAAGAACAAGUGCUUCAAGGGUCCUACAACUGGUCCAAAUAACCAAUGUUGGCAUUCCCCAAGACACUCAUGCUCAACUUUCCACUGAAGACUUUCCUUAGGGCCUGCAAAGAAAACAAUAAAAUAUGAAGUGAU